AUGCCGAAGCCGCACGUGCGGAGGAGGCGUCGCUUCCUCGUCGCCGCGGCGCUGGCGCUGGGCCGCUGCGCCGCGUCGUCGACGCUGUCCGUCGCGCCGCAGCCCGUGCAGCCGCGCAAGCGGCUCGCGCUCGAGGCGGCGCCCUACGCCGUGGGCUGCGCCGUCGCCGGCGCGAUCUCGACGUGCGCGUCGCACACGGUGACGCUGCCGCUGGACGUGCUGAAGACGAAGAUCCAGUCCGACGCUAACCUCGCGCGGCUCGGCGCCGUGGGCGCCGUGCGCGCGGUCGUCCGGUCGCAGGGCUCGCGCGCGCUCUUCGCGGGGUUCACGCCGAACGCGGCGGGCUACUUCAUGCAGGGCGCCAUCAAGUUCGGGUUGUACGAGUGCGGCAAGCGCAUUUUCACGGAGACGCUGGCGAAACGGCGGCCCGACGUGGACGUGGACGACCCGGCGACGCGCGUCGGCAUCUGGGUCGCGUCGUCGGCGUGCGCCGAGGUCGUCGCGUGCCUCGCGCUCUGCCCCAUGGAGGCGACGAAGAUUCGGAUGGUCACGGACCCGCGCUACGCGCGGACGACACUCGGCGCGCUGCGGCGCGUCGUCCGCGAGAACGGCGUGGUCUCGCUGUGGCAGGGCGUCGCGCCGAUCAUGGUCCGCCAGGUGCCCUACACCGUCGCCAAGCUCGCGGGCUACGAGGCCCUGAGCGCGAGCCUCGGUUCGGGCGGCGUCCUGCCGGGCGUCGUCGCCGGCGUGGGCGCCGCCGCCGUGUCCCAGCCGGGCGACGUCAUCCUCACGCGCAUCUGCGGCGGGUCGGCCAAGGCGCGGCUCUCGGGCCAGUGCGCGCUGUCCAUGGGCGACGUCCUCGCGACGCUCGCCCACCCGACGGAGCUCUUCGUCGGCCUCCAAAGCCGCGCGGCCAUGUGCGCGACGGUCUGCGCCGCCCAAUUCUUCCUCUACGAGGCCCUGCGCCCCGCGCGGCCGCCGCCGGCGUCGUCCUAG